GUGAUUUUUAAUCCUAAAAAGCCCUAGUUUUAUUCUUUCACUUCACGCCCGACGCCCCCACUGGAAUCAUCUUCGUUGUUCGUUCUCUCCAUCUCAUCUUACUCUCUCUGACGACCUACAGGCACUCCGGCGUGCCACCAACACCACCGCCAGUCGCAUUCUCUCCCAUCAGCUUCGCUUCUUCGUUCACUUCACGCCUGACGCCCACAGAAAUCAUCUUCUUCGUACCUCCGUGCUUUGUAGUUGUCUUGCACCGAUCAUGGCACUUCAUUCACUUCGUCUCCGCCGCACUUUGUCCGUUCUUUCCGCCUUCCACCGCUACACGGCAGUAUCUGGUCAAACCAACCACUCUAUUUCCUGUCCUUCCGCUCCGUCACUAUCUAAGUCUCCUGCUAUGAUCUCACCAAAUUGGCCACUGAGAUCGUCGUCAAUGGCUUUCUAUUCCCGGUCAUCAUUUGGGAGGAAUAACGAAGAUGACAAGAUAGGGCCCGAUACAAUACUAUUCGAGGGCUGCGAUUACAACCACUGGCUCAUCACCAUGGAAUUUCCUAAGGACCCAAAACCCACCCCUGAGGAGAUGGUUCGGACCUACGAAGAAACCUGUGCCAAAGGCCUAAAUAUCAGUGUGGAAGAAGCAAAACAGAAAAUGUAUGCUUGUAGUACAACUACGUAUCAGGGGUUUCAAGCUGUGAUGACAGAAGAAGAAUCAGAGAAAUUUCGCGGUCUACCUGGUGUUGUGUUUAUAUUGCCCGAUUCUUACAUUGAUCCUGUAAACAAAGAAUAUGGAGGAGACAAGUAUAUAAAUGGAACAAUCAUACCAAGACCACCACCCAUUCAAUAUGGUGGAAGGCCGGGGGGAAAGUAUCGUGAUCAGAACAGAAAUCCUAAUCAACCAAGAUAUGAGAGGGGACAGAGAUCAGCGCCGAAUUGGCAAGGCAAUCAAGGUAAUCCAUCCUUCAAUCAACAGGGUUCUAUGCAAGGAGAUGGACACAAUUUUGGAGCUACACAGAACUAUUCGCCACAAGGUCCACCGCAAAAUUAUGGUCCCCCAGGGCCUGGAGAAAGGAGAGAUCCUUCACCUAUGAACAGUUAUGCUCCUGAAGGAAGAGAUCCCUAUCAGGGAGGAAGAGGUCCAAUGCCUUCUUAUCAAGGAAACUUCAAUCAAAGGGGGCAGGGAAGUUAUAACCAUGAUGUGCAUGGAAAUUAUCAGCAGAGUGAUUAUGUGCCUCCACCAGGCCAGGGUAGUUCUGGUGGUGGUUUUAAUCCUGCACAAGGUGGAGCUUACGGGCAAGGUGGAUAUCAUGGUCAUGGAACGGGAAUGCCUUAUGGUCAAGGACAGAGCCAUGGAUCUUAUCCAAGCUCUACUGAAGGUCAAAGAUUUUCACAAGGUGACCAAAGAAAUAUGCAAGGAGAACAACGAAACUACACUUCUGGUGGACAAACAUGGAACGACCAAGGGAGAUUCUGAGGCAGUCGAGUAUUUAAUGUGAAGAGAUGUUUACAGAAGGUAUGGGACAUUCCAUUCGUCUUGUGGUUUCUUGUAGGAAAACACUUAGGGAAAGGUCUUCGAGUUUGUUCUUGUGAGGAUUGUGCACUUCCUUUUGUUGAACCGAAUGUGAAUUUAAGAUAUAACCGACGCGAGUAGCUUGCUUCUUCUCCCUCAAGGAUGUCGUCUAGCAGAAGCACUUUCUUUAUUGCCAUGGUAAUGAUAAGUUUUGCUUUAUUGAAUACACUUAAGUUUUAUAAUGCUUAAACUGGUUAAUUUCAAAAUCAUCUAAUUAUGUUAACGUACUUAUUCUGAUGUGAAUAAUAUCGACAGAAAUCUCAAAUCUGAA